CCCGGCGGAGGGGUCCCCAGGGACCCGGCAGGCAGCUGCCCUGCGACCAUCCGAGGGCGGGGAAGGCCCGGAGGCACCCGACUGCGGACGGGGGGAUGCCCCAGACUAAAACCGGGACUGCCUUGUUGCACGAUGAAGGGUCUGGACACGCCUAUGACAUUCGCCUGAAGCUAACGAAAGAGGUACUGACAAUUCAAAAACAAGAUGUCAUCUGUGUUAGUGGCAGCAAUCACAGUGCAAAUCACAGAACUGUUACGCUUCGCAGACAGCCCGUGGGCGGCUUGGGCCUGAGCAUAAAGGGCGGUGUGGAGCACGGAGUCCCGGUCGUCAUAUCGAAGAUAUUCAAAGACCACGCAGCCCACCAGACAGGGAUGUUAUUCGUAGGGGACGCCCUCCUCCAGGUUAAUGGCAUUAAUGUAGAAAAUGCAACCCACGAAGAAGUGGUGCAUCUUUUGAGAAAUGCCGGCGAUGAAGUGACCGUCACUGUGGAGUAUCUCAGGGAAGCACCAUCAUUUCUGAAGCUCCCAUUAGGGUCCCCCGGACCGUCUAGCGAGCCCGGCAGCGGGACCUCCUCACCCCUCUUUGACAGCGGUUUGCAUCUGAACGGAAACUCCAGCAACACAGCUCCGUCCUCGCCUUCUUCGCCCGUCGCUAAUGAGCCAAAAUAUGAGAAGCGCUGGCUGGACGCCGUGUCCCUCCCUCUGUCCAUGGCUCGGGUCUCACGGUGCAGAGCUGGAGCACAAAAAGUAAGGUCCAGUGCAUUUGAGGUGCAGGCCCUGGAUGGGGCGAGCUCGGGAAGGCUUUGGUUUUACACUGCGCAGGAGAGCACCGCCUGGCUGAGGGCCGUGUCUGCCAACAUCAGCGACCUGACGCUGCAAAAAAUGAAGAUGGCAAAUCAGUGCCGCUCUCCUUGUGACCAGGUCGUCCACGUGGGGUGGGUCAGCGAGAGACUGGGAGGGGCCAGCUCCUCUCAAACCUUCAGAUCCAAGUUCCUGGCCCUGAAGGGCUCGUCCUUCUACGUCUUCACCUCUCCUCCGGUGAGCUCAUUAGACUGGGUCCGAGCAGAAAAAACCUAUAACCUCUGUGAGGUACUAUUUAAAGUUCACAAGUUCUGGCUUCCGGAUGACUGCUGGGCCCAAACCAGCCUCUGCCUGGGUCUCCAGGACCCCACCUGCGGGGAGCACAGGCCCUUCUGCUUCAGCGUCCUCGUCGGCCACGGCAGGAGCCACGUGUUCAGCGUGGAGCUGGGGAGCGAGCUCGCAGCGUGGGAGCUGUCCUUCCAGAGGGCCACCUUCCUGGACGUGCAGAGGACGGGGUCCAAAACGUACAUGUGCAGCUGGCAAGGAGACGCUCUGUGCUUCACGGUGGACUUCGCUCUGGGAUUCACCUGCUUUGACAGCAAGACAAAGAAUGUGCUCUGGAGGUUUAAAUUCUCUCAGCUGAAAGGAUCUUCAGAUGAUGGGAAAGCUCGGGUGAAGCUGCUGUUUCAGAAUCCGGACACCAAGCAGAUCGAGAUGAAGGAGCUGGAGUUUCAGGAUCUGACGGCUGUUCUACACUGCAUCCACUCCUUCAUAGCGGCGAAGGUGGCCUCGGUGGAUCCGGUAUUUAUAGACAGUCAGAGUAUUGCCAGAAAGUACAUGUAUAGCAGCUGAGCAGUGCUUCUGUUGAGUGCUGAAAUUUAAAUUAUUUUCUUAAGAAAUGAAUAUUUCCUGCACAAUAUUGCGACUUUGUGUGAUUUUAUAAUGAUCCUAUAGUUGUGAUACCAAUAAAACA